AUGCCGGAGGAUCUCUGGGCCUUUUUACCUCUGAUUCACGAAAGAAACAACAGGCAAAUGUCGCCGCUGACCGCCGACAGCCAGCUCCAGAUUGGCAUCGAAAUCGAGUUCGUGGCCCCACGCAACGUCGAGUGGGAGGACGAGCACCUCCCCGACCUCGAUCACUGGAACCACGUGAGCCUGUCCAAGGACGCCUGCUUCCACCGACUCGCCGUCGCGCUGCACGACGCCGGCCUGCCGGCCUGCUACCAGAUGAAGACGACGCCGCUGCGGUGCGUGCGCAACCCGCUCCGCGAGGCCGCGCCCUCCAGAUCACUCGUCCUCGGCAGCGUCUACCGCCUCCUCGGCGACCCGACCCGCUUCCACAACAGCCGCCGCCGCCGCGGCGACAACGGCCGCGCGGGCCUGUACCGGUACUGGCUCGUAAAGGGCGAGUACAACCUCACCGACGACGCCCGGUACAAGACCUGGAUCGCGUGCGAGCUCAACACGCCGAUCCUCUCGGAGGUGGACAUGGCCGGCGCCACCCUUCCCGAUCUGGACACGGCGCUCACGGCCCUCCACGGCACCUACGACUCGGCGCCGCACAUCUCCACACGGCGGUGCGGCCUGCACGUGCACCUGUCCCCCGUGUCCGGCGGCACGCUCUUCUUCGCGCAGCGCAUCCUGACGCUCGCGCUGCUCCUCGACCAGACGCUGCUGUCGCCCCUCUGCGACCCCUCCCGCAAGGACCUCGGCCGGCCGUUCCUCAGCGCCGCGGCGCUCUCCACGCGGCGCGACCUUGUCGUACCGCGCAUGCCGGCCUUAUCGGCGGCGGCCCGCGCGCACCUCCCUCGACAGUUUGCCGCCGUCGAGGGCCGCGUGCUGAGCUGCAUCUGGCGCGCCGAGACCUUUGACGACCUGCAGCAGAUCCUGGAGCACCACAGCGCGGACCUCCUGACGGUGGCGCCGGUGCUGUGCAAGCACAAGCUGGCCGCGGUCGACGGUGGUGAGGACAACACGACAACGACGACGGUCGAGUUUCGGCACGCGCAGGCGUCGUUUUCGAGCAGGUUUGUGAGGGCCUGGGCGAGUGUGGUGCUGGCGAUUGGACGGGUUGGCCUGCUGGGCGUGGAAGAGUACAAGCACGCGCUCGGGAGGUUGUGGGAUGCGGGGAUGGGGAGCAGGAGUCGGGACCCGGAGCAGACGUGCCUGGCGACGCUGGAGGUGCUGAGCGAGGCUGCGGUAGAGGCGGGGAUGCUGGGUGGAGGUUUGGACUUGGGGUAUUGGAGGACGAGGUGUGCGCAGAUGAGGGAGGGACAAAAUCCGGAUGUUGACGGCGAGGGCAAGGUGGUCUUGGAUGCGGAUGGCCAGUAG